GCCAGCCGCCAGAUUACAUAACGGGCCCACGCGCGCUCUCGCGAGGUUUCCAACGCCGCCCCCCCGCCUCACUCCACGUCAGAGGGAACCGGGCGGAGCGGCCAACAUGGCGGAACGCAGGCGACACAAGAAGCGGAUCCAGGAAGUUGGUGAACCAUCUAAAGAAGAGAAGGCUGUAGCCAAGUAUCUUCGAUUCAACUGUCCAACAAAGUCCACCAAUAUGAUGGGGCACCGAGUUGAUUAUUUUAUUGCUUCAAAAGCAGUGGAUUGCCUUUUGGAUUCAAAGUGGGCAAAGGCCAAGAAAGGAGAGGAAGCUUUAUUUACAACAAGGGAGUCUGUGGUUGACUACUGCAACAGGCUUUUAAAGAAACAAUUUUUUCACCGGGCACUAAAAGUAAUGAAAAUGAAGUAUGAUAAAGACAUAAAAAAAGAAAAAGAGAAAGGAAAGGCCGAAAGUGGAAAAGAAGAAGAUAGAAAGAGCAGGAAAGAAAAUCUAAAGGAUGAAAAGACGAAAAAGGAAAAAGAAAAAAAAAAAGAUGGUGAAAAGGAAGAACCCAAAAAGGUAAUUUCAACUACAGAGGAAACUCCAGGAACUCCCAAAAAGAAGGAAACUAAGAAAAAAUUCAAACUUGAGCCACAUGAUGAUCAAGUUUUUCUGGAUGGAAAUGAGGUAUUUGUGUGGAUCUAUGACCCAGUUCACUUUAAAACAUUUGUCAUGGGAUUAAUUCUUGUGAUUGCAGUGAUAGCAGCCACCCUCUUCCCUCUUUGGCCAGCAGAAAUGAGAGUAGGUGUUUAUUACCUCAGUGUGGGUGCAGGCUGUUUUGUAGCCAGCAUUCUUCUUCUUGCUGUUGCUCGUUGCAUUCUGUUUCUCAUCAUUUGGCUCAUAACUGGAGGAAGGCACCACUUUUGGUUCUUGCCAAACCUGACUGCUGAUGUCGGCUUCAUCGACUCCUUCAGGCCUCUGUACACACAUGAAUAUAAAGGACCAAAAGCAGACUUCAAGAAAGAUGAGAAAUCUGAAACCAAAAAGCAACAGAAGUCCGACAGUGAGGAAAAGUCAGACAGUGAGAAAAAGGAAGAUGAGGAGGGAAAAGUAGGACCAGGGAAUCAUGGAACAGAAGGCUCAGGUGGAGAACGGCAUUCAGACACAGACAGUGACAGGAGGGAAGAUGACCGAUCCCAACACAGUAGUGGAAAUGGGAAUGAUUUUGAAAUGAUCACAAAAGAGGAACUGGAACAGCAAACAGAUGGGGAUUGUGAAGAGGAGGAAGAAGAAGACAAUGAUGGAGAAACAACUAAAUCUUCACAUGAAAAAUCAUAAUCUGACUAAUUUGGGACUAAAUAAGUGCAGGAGGUUGGAUUUUCUAUGUUGGCUGAUCAUCCUAAUGUACACAUUUGUAGCAUUCUUCAACUCCAUUUGCUGAAAUGUAUUUUGACAUCCAGGCAAUUAUAUUCAGUCCUUCAUUUCAUAGAAUACUAUUAUUGGUAUAGUCUAAAGCCAUUUAUAAGUUGUAUCUAUUUGAUAAUUUUACAGGAAGUAGGUCUUACUCAUUUUGAUAGUUAUCAAAGAUGCAUUUUCCACAAUGAUAUAGAUUAAUGGCAUUUUUGAUAGUUGUAUGGCUUUUUACUAUUAGGUUAAUCAAAAUAACUAAAAGAGAUAAACAGGAAACACCAACAUUUCAGAUUAUGCAUAGUUAUAUAGCCAUUUCACAGUUUCUUUAAAAUGAAAUGCUUAAACUCCUUGGUCUUGACAGUUAAGCUUUGGUUGAUUAUAAAAGUAUACCAGGAAAUUUCUAAGAUUCUGAGUUAGCAGGGUUCAAAGCAUUUUGUGGGAACAAGUCAACUAAUAAUACAGCAACACUUUUAGUUUAGCUACAAAUUCUCCUUUUCCAACUUAGGAAAUCCAAACUGAUUUGUACAUCUGACUCAGAGAAAGAUAGUCAUCUCCAACAUAGAAAGCAAAACAGCAUUGGUUGGAAGGCGAUGGCUCUUCUUCCAUUUCCUUGUCGUAAAGUAAAUGUAUUCUGUACAUAAUUUACAAAUAAACAUUUUAUUUUAAUUGUUACUUAUUAUUUAGACAUUUUCUCAACACUCAAAUUUGUAAAAUUAAGACCACGUAAGGGUAUGUUUUUAGAGAAAUGGAAGUUUCAAUAACCCACAGAACAUCUGUGAUCUUUCUACAGCAGCUUCAGUUUUGUGCCAACAUUCCAUGUAUUUGAAUAUGAGUUUAAAAGAUCCUUAUUAAAUAAGAGCAGACUUAAAGUAGCUGUUUGUACGCCUUAAUGUUCAUUUUGAUUUAUCUUAAAUCUCUACAUUCAGAAAGGAGGUACUAUAUUAUCAGACCUCGAGGCACUGCUAUGAAAGAUAAUUUACUGUUCUAAAAUACCAAUUUAAAAUAAAGAACAUGAAAGAAAACAUGAGAGAACCAUUGGACUCUAAUUGCUUUGAACUAGUUUUCAGUUUGAUUUUAUGUCUUGCAUACCUUAGUUACAAACUUUUGGGAAAAAUCUUGUGUUUACCUAUGAGCAGAAUAUCAUUCCUUGGACUUCUCUUUUAAGAUGAUAAUGAAUAUUAAAUUAUUUUCCUUCAGUCACAGAGCAUUUUGCUUUGUGGUUGAAAUGGGUGUUGUGGGUAGGUCUUUUUUUCUUUUAGGCUGUUUCCCAUCUAGUGUUUGACUAAAGAUGUUAAAUUUUUCUAUUUGUGACAAAAGGACAUUUUCUGUAUAGACACCUUUUAUUAAAUGGCUUGACUGCU